AUGGCCGAACGAUUCCAAGUCGGCUGGUACCGGUUCAUACCGUUCCUGGGAUACCACCAUGUGUUGAUGAUACUCAUCGCAGUUGCCAUCAUCCUGUUAUCCCUUCUAUUAGCAGGCUGCUCGUCAUCAUCGCCGCUGAUACCUGACAUUUUCCUCCUGUCACUCUAUUACCAAGACUACACGGCCGUCCCGGACACGGCCCAAGUCGAUUACAAUGUGAACCAGGCCAUCAAGAACAUUGCCGGCGAUGCACGUCUCCAAGCGCGCGUCGGCUACUUUGGUAUCUGCGUCAACCCGGAUGGAGGCUCCUGGCUGUGCAGCAACAAUGCCACGGCCCUUGCGAACGAGGUGUCUGUCGACCAAGACCCGCUGAACCUCAUCUGGUUAGCGAGUCAAUUCAAGGAUAUGAUUGUUUUCCCCUACUUGAUCAUCAUCGCCAUCAUAUUUGCCUUCAUCUGCUUCCUGCUGCUCGCCACCUUCCCCGGUUGGCACGAGGAGGAGGACUCGGAAGGCUCCGAGCGCGAGAUCAAGCCGUUCCCAUCUCGACCCGUGUCACAGGUCGCACUGGCAAUUAUCUUCAUUGCCUCCAUCUUCGUGCUCGUCUCGGUAUUGUGGCAACAUACAGCAUCCGUCGCAGCGAGUAUCAUAGCGCAGGAUUUCGGCAAUGGUAGUGUCUUGUCGGGGGUGGGCACGAGCGCCAUGGUAAUGGGCUGGUUCAGCUUCGCAUUGCUGAUCAUAGUCACAAUCGGUCUGCUCGUCAUGAUUCUCAGUAUACGAGUCUUGACGCAACUGGCGGAUUAA